CAAGGACUCUACAAGAAUGCCUUACGUGCAGAGCAGAAACUGUCGGUUGUUCAAACUCAUUGAUUACUGAAACUUUGCCAAGGACUCGUCUAAUCGGAAAGCAGAGGGACACUUGUCUUCUUGGCAUUUGAAAAGCAGUAGUCAAUGAGGCCGACUUUGAGAUGUGUGAUAAUUCUGUCAGCCAAUAAGGAUGGCUGUUUCGCCUUAGGCAAACCAUAUUAACUCCGUCUCCAGCUGGCUUUGUGCAUAUAGUGUAGUAAUUCAUUCUAUUUUGUUUAAUAAAACAAAAGCUGAGUGGUACCCGUCAAGUCGACUGCUGACAGGCAGAUUCCAAACAAAAGUCCCCAGCUCACUGAGACACCACCGGAGGGCAAGCUAGUCCUCAUCCCAUUGGCCAGUCCUCAUGAUAGACAUCCUUCAGACCAAUGGCUUUCUGUUCUGGAGGGCGCUUUUUCCACAAUUGGCCUAUGAGAGUCUGCUUCGGCUCAGCCAAUAGGCCGGGCCCCGUCCCCAGCCCUAGUGGAGAUGGGUUCUACUCAGAGCGUCUCAGGCACUCCAGCACGGCCUCUGCCACACAACAAGCAUGUGGCUCGAAUAGCAGACCCUCGGUCACCUAGUGCUGGCAUCCAGCGCACUCCUAUUCAGGUGGAGAGCUCUCCACAGCCAAGCCAAGCAGCUGAACAGUUGAACAGUCUCAAACAGGCACAAGACCCAGAUCCCCGCUCUCCAACUCUUGGCAUUGCACGGACACCCAUGAAGAUCAGUGGUGCAGACCCUCCGUGCCCAGUGGUGAAAGAGCUGAGCGAAGUAUUUGAGACUGAAGCAUCCGAGUCGAUUUCCUCCCCAGAGCUUGCUCUGUGCCAGGAAGCUCCUUUAUCUUCUGAGCUGGACCUGCCUUUGGGUCCUCAGUUAUCCCUCGAGGACCAGUUGCCACCUUGGAGCCAGACUGAACCGGAUUCCAAGCAGGUGUUUACCAAGGAGGAAGCAAGACAGUCCACAGAAACCAUAGUUGCCAGCCAGAACUCAGACAAGCUUUCCAGAGACCCAGAGACUCCCCAGUCCUCAGGUUCUAAGCAUAGUAGACGGAAAGCAAACAGCAAGGCUCUCGGGAGGUCCCCUCUCACCAUCCUGCAGGAUGACAACUCUCCUGGGACCUUGACACUACGACAGGGUAAGCGGCCUUCCGCCCUAAGUGAAAAUGUUAAGGACCUAAAAGAAGGAGUCAUUCUUGGAAAUGGAAGAUUUCUGAAAGCUGGAGGAGGAGCGUGGGAGCAAAACCAGGACCAUGACAAGGAGAAUCAGCAUUUUGCUUUGAUGGACAGCUAGAUCUGUGCUGGGUUCUUCCCCGAGGCCACUGAGGAAAGCCCUGUUCUCUGAUUCCUCUCAGGCUACCAACUCUAGUACUUGGACAUCAUUCUUUUACGUUUUGUGUGUUUCCUGUAUAUUAAAGUAGAUGAUUUUAAAUGACGCUUUAAGAA